GUUCUCUCCACGUUAUUCUCACGUUCAGCACUUUCCAUUCAUAACAUCGGUUGGGGGUUACUUUUUUCGUUUUUGAUAUAAACCAUAAAUUCGCUCUUCAAUUCGGUUGCCCUGUUUGUAUAAUUUGUAGAUUGUAAAAAAAAACCAGAGUGUGUGGGAACAGCAGAGUGAGCAGGAUAGAAAAAAAAUACUGCCACAAAAUACAUUUGGCCUAAAAAACCUGGUGUGUGUGUGUGUGUGUGAUCACGGUCAAAAUUUUCUCGUGCGGAUUCCGAUAGUUUUUAUUUCGUUUAAGUUCCUCAAUUUUAUUUUAGCGCAAGAUACCGUUUUGGGUAGUGUUCAAGGAAUAGCAAAAACAAAUAAAAUACAAGAGACUUAAAAUGCGGCGAAAAGCACGGCGUGGGCGUAUGUUCUCCUUGGGACUAGUACUUCUCAUUUAUAGUGUCAUACGAGUUUAUUCAUCAAAUGAAUUUGCAUCAAAUACGCCACGACCGGACGGCGAUGAUCUUUCAACUCUGCUGCCGAAAUCAACUAUCGUCCCCAACGAUGAUGUGACCGCGUUUGGAUCCACACAGGAAACAAUACAAUCGACUACAACCGCUAGAUCAAGCACAUCGACGCAAGAUCCGAAUCGUCCUCGAACAUAUCGACAAAAGCGGAACUGUACACCACCGGCCAUUGAGCAAUUUCCACCGCCGUUGUUGCCAUCAUGGUUUCGUGAGAAGGGUGGCCUAAUUAUUCACGUUUUGAUUGCAAUAUUCACCUUCCUCGGACUUGCUAUCGUUUGCGAUGAUUACUUCGUUUCAAGUUUGGAUCGAAUUUGCGAGGAAUUACGACUAUCGCCCGAUGUGGCCGGCGCAACUUUUAUGGCUGCUGGUAGCUCUGCUCCUGAACUCGGAACGGUUAUUAUCGGCGUGUUCUUUGCAAAAGACGAUAUCGGAGUGAGCGGUGUCAUUGGAUCAGCCGUGUUCAAUAUUAUGUUUGUCAUAUCUGUAUGCGCUCUAUUUAGUGGAACUGUUUGCCAUUUGAACUGGUGGCCAUUGGUCAGAGAUUGCUUCUUCUAUUCGCUUUCAAUUAUCGUUAUGCUCAUCAUUAUGUUGAACGAUUAUAUCUCGUGGUAUGAGGCUUUAAUCAUGAUUAUGUUCUACGUUCUGUACUGCGUGGCAUUACACUUUAAUACUGCAUUGGAGAAAUGGGCAUAUUCGUUGAAAUUGCCAAUAAAAUUGCCAACGAAAGAGGAACAAUCGGCUUUAGUUACGUUCAAAAAUCUUCCGGAUCCAAAUUACUCACAGGCAGCCGAAGCGAAUGGAAAUGCUGAACAACAGCAACCGUCGAGUCCGGAUCAACAACAACAACAACAACAACAGCAGCAACAGCAACAACAAAAUUAUCAAGGCUACAAUUAUGGAACAGAUUGGGAUCCAAACGCAGCAUGGGACGAUGGCCAAGGAAAUAAAUCUGCACCUGCACAAACAUCGAUUGCUGUACCAAAUGCCGGUGGCUAUGGUGUAACAGAUUCAUGGAAUCCUGAUGCAUCUUGGGAUCAAGGCCAGCAAAAUUAUGCAUACUCUGCCGCUGCGGGUGAUCAAACUGAUCAAAUGUCACCAACUAUGUCCCCAACUAGUGCUGAUACAUCACAAAAUGCACAGAAAAAAGUGGGUGCAUUGCCAGCCCCCGAAUUUUAUAAGUCAAAAGAUCCGAAAGCAUCGCAAAUUUUGGUCGAUCCAUUGAUUCGGCCCAGCGAAGGCGGGGUCAUUGCACUCAUCACCUGGCGCAUAUGCUAUCCAAUCCAUUAUUUAUGCCAGAAAACUGUUCCCGAUUGCCGAACCGAAAAAUAUCGCAACUGGUACGGAUUCACCUUCAUCAUAUCAAUGCUCUGGAUUUCAUUCUAUUCGUAUCUCAUGGUUUGGAUGAUCACUAUUAUCGGCACAACACUAGGCAUCCCAGAUACUGUGAUGGGGCUAACCUUCGUAGCGGCAGGUGUUUCGAUUCCGGAUGCAUUAAGUUCUAUGGCUGUUAUCAAAGAGGGAUACGGCGAUAUGGCUGUUUCAAAUGCGGUUGGCUCGAAUGUUUUUGAUAUUCUGAUCUGUCUCGGUUUACCGUGGCUAAUUCAGACCACAAUCAUUGACGCCGGCGGCCAUGUUAAUGUUAUUUCAAAAGGAUUGACAUACUCCACAUUAUCGUUGUUGUCGACAGUAGUAUUUUUGCUAUUGUCAGUGCAUUUGAACGGAUGGAAACUCGACAGACGCCUUGGUAUCAUUUUAAUGAUCUGGUAUUUCUUGUUCAUUGCACUAGCAUCAAUGUAUGAACUGAACGUAUUUGGCAAUUUCAAUCCACCACAAUGCCCAAGUGAUUAUUAAGAUCACAGACAGCUUUUAUGCGCUGCUGCCAACAAUAAUUCCAGCGCAGUGCAGUGCACUACAGUUUUAGGAUUCAUUUUUGUGGGCAUGUUUCCUAUUGGCAAAGAAAAAAGAAACAAUUCAGCAGAAAGAUCAUUCAAAAAGCAAACUGUUGUCCCCAUUGAACAUCGUUGUUAUUCGCUGUUCCAGUGUAAGCAGCAUCUAAAAAUACGUCAUUUCACAUGAAACACAUACACAUCAUAAAUGUUAGAAGCGAAAGUUUAAAAGGAGAGAGCACACACAUACACAUAUAUGGGGUGGAAAAGAAAUGGUAUAGAUUCUUUUCAAUUGCAUCGAAGAUAAAAUGAAAGCGAAGAUGUUAAAUUACAUUCCGACCUGAUAUGCAAAUGACAAUUAAUUUGAAGUUCAAUUAUUUAAAAGAAGGAAAAAAAAUCACACAAACACACACAUAAACACUAUCGAACAAUUUUAUUGAUGAUGUCAGUAUGGAUAUUAUUAUAGAGCGGCAGACGUGAGAAAACGACUAUGGAGAAAACAAAUCAUAUAUUAUAUGAAGUGUUAGCGUAUAUAUUUUUCGAUAAAGUUGUAAUCAAACUGAUAUAUUCGAUUAACGAAGAUGAAAAAUGAAGUCGAAAUUGUAAAGAAACCAAAGAAAACAUGAAAAUGAACAGCGAACACAUACAUACAUAAAUACAUACACAAAAACAGAAGAAAGUAUUCAUACAAAUAGAAGAUUUAAAUGAAGGAAUGAUUUUUAAAACGAAAAUUCACACAUAAAUAUUGCAACUAAAAUAAAUAUGACGAGAUGAAACAAGUGAAACUGAUAUGUAAUUAAAGCCAUUAACUAGUCAUAAUAGUAGACGAAACAACAAGCAAACACAAUGAGAUUUAUAUACAUCUCCUUCGAGAAAUACCUGUAAAUAUGCUCAGUUUGGUUUUGUUUUAUGUUCCGAUGACUACUACUCUCGCUAGGAUUGCAACAACUUAUUAUGUGCAAGCUUCCACGCGUAUGUUCAAUACACACAAAACACAAUACUACAAUCAAUACUGUACAAUUGCUCUUCGGUCUUCUUCCUCUUUACAUGCAACAAUAUUUAUUCUGGUGACAAACAGCAAUCACAGCAACAACAAAACCCCAUCAUAAUAUCAUUUAAUUAUAAUUAUCAUUAAUAGACUAUAUUUAAUGAAGAUAGACAAAAUGAUAUAUAGGACAAACAAGUGAAGCUUUUACACCAUUAAUUCUAUGUAACCUAACAUAUUCUUUGAUUGUGAUAUGUGUUAAUUUUUUGAAGACAAUAUCCAUGAGGACAUCAGCUUGGCGGACAGAGUGGUAAAACACUCUUAAUCUUUCUGAUAUCUUCAUUUUUGUGUGACUCUCUGAGAUCAAAACGGGCUAUUCUUCAUUUAGUAAAACAACAACAAAAACGAGAAACGAAACGUAAUUUGAAUCAGCGAAGCCGGAUUAGGCCAUUUUAAAAGAGCGAAAAUUGUAUGGCACUAAAAAAAAAACUUAUAUAUACCAUGUAUCUUCGGAACAAAAUUGAAACAACUAAUUGAUUUGUGAAAUUAUUUUUAUUUGUUCAAAUUAAAAAUCACUUUUGAGCUUUACAAGUGAAACAUCCAGAAUGUUAUAAGUAACCCAAGAAAAAAGAUGUCCAUGUUGUCAAUUGGUCUCAGAGCAUAUCCACUAUUGGCAAUGUUAUUGUUUUUCAACAUUGAAUCAAAUUUGUUGAAAUAAUCCAUGAUUUUAUGCAGAGUUCUGCAUUAAAGCGCCCGCAUCAUAAUCAAAUUUCGGUUGCUAUUCAUCAUAUCAAAUUGAUUCUCAUUAUGCUGCAGAAUUUCCAAACAGGCUAUUGCUAAUAUCAUAUAAUUUAUGUUAAGCCCUAUUUAAUCAAUGUCAAACUAUUUAUGUUCUGCAGUUUUUUUUGCAUCCUUUUCGACUGAAUGCCCUAUGAUGUUAUUCACUAGAUUUUUGCUUGACAAGCCAUGAUUGUUUUUGAGAUAGAUGAAAGAAAAGAUUACACGAAUAUGAAAUGGAAAUAAUUCUUCCGAUUGUGUUUAGUGGAUAGGUAACUAAAACAAAAAAGAGUAUAAGAGAACAACAUGAACAGAUGAUAGAAAAAAUUAUCAAUUAACGAUAGUCAAUUUAAAAAGAAAAUCAAUUAAUCUACUACAAACAAGAACAUGAUUAACAAUUCAAUUAGGCAUAAUAAUAUAAAGCAAACAAAUGUAUCUAUAAAUAUGAACGAAUUAUACAAGCAAAAGAAAAAAUUAUUGUAAAACAAAGAAGAUAUAUAUAUAUACAAAUGUUUAUCGAAAAAAAAAAAUUAGUGACCAAUGACCAACAAAAAAAAAUGUAUCAAUUCGGCCCGUCAAAAGAGAAUGAUUAUUUUUUGUUGAAUCUCAUGGAUUGACUUACAAAAAGACUUAUCCCAUAUGCGAAUCCAUUCAGUUAUGCCAGAAGCAUACCAGACAUCAUAUAUGAUUUAAUACAUUUUAGGUUUUAUCAGAUUUGUUGCAGAUUUGCUGUAGUUAAAUCAAUUUCACUCCUUUUAGACACAGUUUAAAUAAUGAGUGUGUCUUCCUCUACUUAUAUCAAUAUCAUUUCUUUUUCUCUACUGCAUGUUCAAUUCUUGAGAUUGCCAUUCAAAUGACAAACAUUCUGUUUAGAAAUAAGCUAGUCUGAAUCUCUUUUGAGUGAAUUAUUUAUUGCCGUUUCGCGUUUAGAUUUUUACAUUAGAGCCAUUUUUUGAAUUUUACUGUACAAUUUGUACAUGCAAAACCAUGGCCAUGAAUUGAUAACUUUUUUUUUCUUUUGAAACGCUAAAAAAUAAUAACAACAAUAUUUGAUUGAACAAGAUGAAAAGAAAACCAGACAGUUUCAGCCAAUGGGGCGGAUGGAUAUUUUGAAAACCAUGAAAAUAGUAAACAACACAUUAAAUGUUUUUUAUAAAUUUAAGAAAUUUGAUGACAAAAGAAAAAAAAAACAUAGCUUAUGGGUAAUUUAAACCAAUUAAAUGAUUCAAUUUACCAUAGUGAAUCAUUUUUAGAACAAUAAUUAGUCAUAUAGACACAAAUUUUAUGUGUGAUGAAAACAAAAUAUUACAAAAAAAAAACAUAUUGAAUAUCAAUAAGGCUCAAAUAGUGCACACAUGCAACAAUGAAGAGAAUAAAUUUAAAUAAUAACAUCAAAAUGAGCAAAUAAUAAAGAAUAUACGCAAAAUGAACUAAUAAUUGUACUACAGAAAAUCGUGGGUUUCCAGCCGUGUUUAUUAUGUAAGAUGAUACUGCACACACACACACACACUAUACACACCACUUUCAAAAUUCAAUCGACCAUUUUCUCUCUAUCUCUCUCCUGUUGAAUUUUAACAAAAAAAAUUCAUAGCUUGAAUGAUACAGAUUUUAACGGAGUAAAAUGGUUCAUACAGUAGCAAAAAUCUAAUUCGACAAAAACCCAAUUCAUUGUAUAUUCACAUUUACGAUAUCGAAAUAGGCACUAAUAAUUCGUCAACGCUCAAAAAAUAGUGAAUACGUAUUGUUGACACGAAGAACAAAUACACACCCCACAUUUGAAAUUUUCAAUCUUCGGCAAAGCGUUUGGUUCAAUAAAAUUCAAUUGAUUCAUUCGUUUUGCAGGGAAUUUUUCUUAUUGAGGAACAUUGAAAUUGAAAUCAAUUCAUUCACAAGACGUGUUUACUGAUUUUUACAGUAGAAGGAUUCCACAUACAGUGUGAAGCACUACCAAAUUACCCAUCACCCUCCCAAAAAUAUUGUAUUAUCAUUUUGAUGGCCGUGCCUCAACUUGAGUUGCUUUAAUCAAAUGGCCAAUUCAUUUCUAUCAUAUAUAUUUGCAUCUCUUGCAAAUUUUGAAGAUGAAACGAAAAAGAAUACAAACCAGCAUCCAAAAAAAAAAAAAAAAUAUUUUACUGACAAAAGAACUACGUACUAUUACUAUUAUUAUCUAUCAAAUGCAAAUUAAAAAAUGUUAAUUGUUGAUAAUUAAAUGAGAUUUCAAAACCCAACAAAUAUUUACGUGAAAUAAUAUCCUUUUCAUGAGCAAAUUAA